UUUAAAUACACAAGCCUGCCCUAGUACUUUGUCCAAGUUGGUUGCCUUUAUUUACAUUUUCCAGCUGUUCCUCUCUCACACCAACCCCACACUCCUUUGAAUGUUUUCAGUUAAUGCCAUUUUUUGCAAUGUUUGUCAUAUUCUUAAUAAACUGUAUUUGCCAUUUCUCUCUUUAGUGCAUGCUUUCCCUUGAUCUAGGACAGGCAUCCCCAAACUUCGGCUCUCCAGACUACAUUUCCCAUCAUCCCUGACCACUGGUCCUCUUAGCUAGGGAUCAUGGGAGUUGUAGGCCAAAACAUCUGGAGGGCUGCAGUUUGGGGAUGCCUGAUCUAGGAUGAUGUGUUUUGUGCUAAUGAUCCUCAUGCUAUUUGUGCUAGGCCAGUGUGGAGGUGGGGGGUUAGAACAUUUGCUUUGCAAGCAGAAGGUCCUAGGCUCAAUCUCCACAAUCUCCCCUUAAACCCUGGAGUGUUGCUGACAGUAUAGAUCGUGUGGCUGAGACAAUACUCUGCUAAAUUGACUGAUGGCAUGACGAUACAAGACAACUCCCUAGGUUCCUAUUGAACCAAUUUGGGUCUGAAACUAUGAGUAUAGCUGUGAUUUAUUAUUAAUUUUCCAAAGCUGCUAAGUACAAUUAAUCAUCUUCUCAGGAAGCAAACCAGGAAUCUUCUCAGGAAGCAAACCAUGAAUUUUCUAGAAUUCUUCAAGAGAUGUACUGAGUAAUGAAGCAUUCACUUUCCACUGUUCAUUCCCAAUGGAUUUUUCCAAUCCAAUGGAUUUUUCUCUCUUCUCCCCACCCUCCAGGUUAUUUUGUAGUGUUUGCCAUAUCCCAAGUAUGAAGCUUCAGUAUUUCCUAAUGAAUAUCAUGGUUACUAAUGUGAUCUAACAAACUGCUUUGGCUACAGGGAGCUGGUAGAUACACAGGUGUACAACUUUUUAAAAAGUUCAGUAUUUGCUCUUCUCUUUCCCAACCUUCUAAAAAACAAAUUUGGGCCAGAAAUUUAACUGAAUGCUGCACACUGAGACCUCAAUGUAGUCUUUUGAGUGGUUUGAACAAUUUCUUGUCGUAUAUGCUGUAUGUGGGCACAGCAACUUGGCCUGGCAGUAGGGGACAUGCAAUGCCUCCUUUAUCCCCAUCUAAUCAUUCCACCCACUUUCCUCUUAAGUUGCAGCUGUGGAAAACCAAGCACACCGGACUCAACCCUAACAGGCACAACCCAGGGACCCCUGAGGACCCCUGAUCACCACCAUGUGCAAACAAGAUGGUGGGAAUGAGUUGCAACUCCUGGAGCUGUGCAGGGAGGGACACAUUUCAGCACUAGAGUAUAUGCUUAGCACAUACUGGCUCGAUCAUGGGCAUCUCCAGGGAGGGCUGGGACCAGCUACUGUCUGCAACCUUGGAGAGGCUACCAGUAACACUGAGCUCAAUGGACCAGUUGCCUGACACUCUGAAGUGACCAGACCUUCCUUCUUUCUCCCUGUGCCCAAGGGCUGGGAAGCCUACAGGAGAGCUGCCCCAUCUCUCCCUAAGCCCUAUAGGAGAGCCAGUGGGGUGCAGCGUCGGAUUAGGACCUGGGAGACCAGAGUUCAAAUCCCUGCUGGCCCAGGAAGCUCCCUGGGUGACGUUGCCGCGAGCAUUGCCAGUCAGGCAAAACUACCUGGCAGGGUGGUUGUGGGGAUUAAAUCAGGGAGAACCAAUGCCUGCCGCAUUGUGGCUCUUUGAGGGAAAGGUGGGAUGGAAGUGAAACGUGGAACAAAUACAAUGCAAGCCGAGCCUCGCUCUCUUCGAGAAGCGCUGGUCCUUUGGGAGCUUGCAGCGGCGCGAGAGUCCUUUAUAACGGAUUCCUGAAGAGUCACGUGUCCACCGGCUCGCAUUCCCUUUUCGGUAGCAGAGCGCGGACGGGCAGCGCCUCACGGAGGCCGAAGUGACGUCGCAGUCGCUCGGCUGCGAUUCCCUCCCUAGCGGCGCCGUGAGGGAGCCCAACAACAUCUCGCUCGCUCCCUCUACCCGCCACGGACUCCUGCCAUGCUGUUCCGCUUCGGGGUCAUCGUGCCCGCCCGGCUAGCCGAAGGCGGCACGACGCUGUGCGUCUCGGGUUCCCGGCCCGAGCUGGGCCAGUGGGACCCCAAGCAGGCGCUGGCCAUGAAGCCCGCGCGGCCGCUGGCUCCCUUGCCCGCUCAGGAGCCGGUUCUGUGGCUCGCGGAGGCGGCCCUGCGCGAGGACGAAGCCGCGUGCACCUUCUGGUACAAGUUCCUCAGGCGGCACGAGACAGGGGACGCCGUCUGGGAAGGCAAUGGGCCCCACCAUGAUCGAUGUAGUGUCUAUAACCCAAGCAAUUUGGUCGAUGGAGUUUACUGCCUCCCAAUAGGUCAUUGGAUUGAGGUUUCUGGCCAUACUGAUGAGAUGAAACAUACAACUGACUUCUAUUUUAAUAUUGUUGGACAUCAAGCUAUUCACUACUCCAGAAUUUUGCCAAAUAUAUGGUUAGGAAGUUGCCCUCGUCAAGUGGAGCAUGUGACCGUAAAACUAAAGCGAGAGUUGGGCAUUACAGCGGUAAUGAACUUCCAGACUGAAUGGGACGUUGUUCAGAAUUCCUGGGGAUGUAAUCGCUAUCCUGAACCUAUGAGUCCAGAAGUUCUCAUGAAGCUGUAUAAAGAAGAAGGCCUUGCUUAUGUCUGGAUGCCAACACCAGACAUGAGUACUGAAGGUAGAGUCCAAAUGUUGCCUCAGGCUGUCUGUCUCCUCCACGGGCUACUAGAGAACGGGCACAAUGUCUACGUCCACUGCAAUGCAGGCGUUGGCAGGUCCACAGCUGCAGUCUGCGGCUGGUUAAAAUAUGUGCUAGGAUGGAACUUGAGGAAAGUGCAGUAUUUUGUGGCCUCCAGGAGAGCAGCUGUCUACAUCGAUGAAGAAGCUCUGGUGCGUGCCGAGGAGGAUUUCUUUCAGAAAUUUGGACCUCUUCGCUCCUCAUGCAAGCCUUAGCAAGAAAAAGAGGACGUCGCUAGAAGUGUUGCCAAACCCAAGCAUUUGAGGAAUUGUGAAACUGGCUCCAAAAACAGUGUCACUGCCUGAGGAAACAGUGGAAUGAUGGUGAUAACGGUGAAGAUGUCUUCCGAGUCUUAUCUUUCAUACGUUGCUUUUUCUUUCUCUCUGAAACAAUUAAGCAAAAUGGCUUCGAUUCAGCCAAAUGUGUGUGCAGCAGUCAGGGCUAUGAUUGUGCAGCUUUGUUGGGAAAAGUGUAAUCACAUUGAUUUGCUGCUUGGCACAUUGAUUAGCUGUUUGGGGAGGGGUAGCCGCUGGAAUUAAAUCCAUCUCUCCUCCUUUCCUUCACAAACACCACUGUAGAUUUUGUAACAGGACUCCACAUGUUGAGCCCUGGCAGCUGGAUCAAAAGAGAAGCUGCAGGUUUAGAACUUGAUUGUGCAUUUAGUUCCCUCAUUCAGCUAAAGAUAAGCAUGUAUGUCCCCUAGCUGGAUCAGGGCAAAAUUCUUCUAAACUUCCUAGCCAAUUGGAUACCCACACAUAAGAUUCUUAUGCAAUAUCAGGCAUAGGUGAAUGAUGCAAAGAGUUAAAAGAGAAACACUUGGGAUAGGAAGAAGUCAGAAUGGAUCGGAACACAAGCUGUUACAAACUAAAAAAUCAUUUACCCCACACCUGGGUUUAUUUGGAUUAUUUGGUCAUUUCAAAGGGAGCCUUUAGCACAGUCUUUGGCAAAUAGAAGUUGUAAUGAAAUAAAAUUUUAA